CAAGAGAGAGCUUCAUAAUGUAUUUCCAGUCUCAGAUCUAUCUCCCUGGCUAUAAAUAAAGAGUCCGACUAUCACUCGCUUCGUUUCGCCACGAUCUUUGCUCUCUGCUCCAUUCUCAAACGGAAGUUGUCCUUACGAUCAACGAAAAUAAUGAAGGUUAUAGAGAAAAUACAGGCAGCAGCAGCAGCAGAUCCAGAUAGGGUGGUGUUCUCAUUUGAGUUUUUUCCACCAAAGACUGAAGAUGGGGUGGAUAACCUGUUUGAGAGAAUGGACCGCAUGGUGGCUCAUAAUCCUUCAUUUUGUGACAUCACUUGGGGUGCAGGUGGUUCAACAGCAGAUCUAACACUGGAAAUCGCCAACAAGAUGCAGAACGUGAUAUGUGUGGAAACCAUGAUGCACCUUACCUGCACCAACAUGCCUGUUGAAGAACUCGACCAUGCUCUCCAAACUAUCAAGGCCAAUGGCCUACAGAAUGUGCUUGCUCUUCGUGGUGAUCCCCCACAUGGUCAGGACAAGUUUGUUCAGGUUGAAGGUGGCUUUGCAUGUGCACGGGACCUGGUGAAACAUAUCAGGGCCAGAUAUGGGGACUAUUUUGGCAUCACAGUUGCUGGUUAUCCAGAGGCACAUCCAGAUAUGAUAGGAAACGAUGGCGUGGCUACACCAGAAAGUUAUCAAAAUGAUCUUGCUUACUUGAAGAGCAAGGUUGAUGCUGGAGCAGAUCUGAUUGUCACCCAACUAUUUUAUGAUACUGACACCUUCCUUAAAUUUGUGAAUGACUGUCGCCAAAUUGGAAUAACUUGUCCUAUUGUACCUGGAAUUAUGCCCAUAAACAACUACAAGGGCUUUCUUCGCAUGACUGGUUUUUGUAAAACAAAGAUACCUGCUGAAAUUACUGCUGCCUUAGAGCCUAUCAAGGACAAUGAAGAAGCAGUCAAGUCUUAUGGAAUUCACCUGGGAACAGAAAUGUGCAGAAAGAUUCUAGCUUAUGGAAUUAAGACAUUGCAUCUUUAUACAUUAAAUAUGGAAAAAUCAGCUUUAGGCAUACUAAUGAAUCUUGGUUUAAUUGAAGAGUCCAAAAUCUCACGAUCCUUACCUUGGAGACGUCCUACAAAUGUUUUCCGUAUCAAAGAAGAUGUUCGCCCAAUAUUUUGGGCCAACCGUCCAAAAAGCUACAUAUCAAGGACCAUAGGAUGGGAUCAAUACCCACAUGGGCGCUGGGGGGAUUCUUGUAAUCCAUCAUAUGGGGCACUAACUGAUUAUCAGUUCAUGCGGCCACGUUCUCGUGAUAAGAAACUUAUUGAAGAAUGGGCUGUUCCCUUGAAAACCAUUGAAGAUAUUCAUGAGAGAUUUAGGCUAUUCUGCCUUGGAAAAUUGAGAACCAGUCCUUGGACAGAACUAGAUGGUCUUCAACCAGAGACUAGGAUUAUAAAUGAUCAGCUUGAGAAACUUAAUAUCAAGGGCUUCCUCACCAUUAAUAGUCAACCGGCUGUCAAUGGGGAAAAGUCUGAUUCUCCUACUGUAGGUUGGGGUGGACCAGGAGGAUAUGUUUAUCAGAAGGCAUAUGUAGAAUUCUUCUGCUCCAAGGAAAAGCUGGAAGCCCUUGUUAAUAAAUGCAAGAGUCGACCAUCUCUAACUUACAUGGCUGUAAAUAAAGAUGGAAGGUGGAUAUCUAAUGUCGGCCCAGCUAGUGUGAAUGCUGUAACAUGGGGUGUCUUCCCGGCCAAGGAGAUCAUCCAACCUACUGUUGUAGAUCCUAUUAGCUUUAAAGUAUGGAAAGAUGAGGCAUUUGAAAUAUGGUCAAGAGGAUGGGCUUGCCUAUACCCAGAGGCUGAUCCAUCCAGGAAAUUGCUUGACGAGGUGCGAGACAAAUAUUUCUUGGUAAGCUUGGUGGACAACGAUUACGUCAAUAGUGAUCUAUUUGCUGUGUUCGCAGAUCUCUAAGAGCUCUAAGUAUCAGCUUUUCCUUAGCUAUACCGGUUGCUUGACUUGCUUUUGUUCUUUCUUCUAUUAUUCUGAUUGUGAUGAAUAAUGUUAUAUGUUUAUAACAACUUUGAGAUUUUGACUUAUUUAGAUCUCAGCCUUCAACAUUUAAAUGGAAAAUUGAAUUGGAGUGGCA